AUGACGCAUGCGCUGCUGAGCUCCGUGGGAUGGGCGUACAGGGGUUUGUUUUCUCUGCGCCAGCCCCAGCAGCAACCCGGUGAGGAAGAGGAAGAAGCGUGGGAGCGGUCGCCGCAGGAUUGGGGCGGGUUGCCGUCGCCGGCAGUACGACCGCCCGCCGGUGGGGUGGAGGUGUAUGCGGAGCGCACGGUGGAUGACAAUGCCGGGUGGAGGCACAACACCUUCCCCCUGUUUGGUCGUUUCAGUUCUUGUCGUUCUCGACGACGACGGCGCUCGCCAGACUCGGGCAAGCGUGAAACGUGUGGGUCGCGUCAUACGUUGCACCGUUUCGUGGAGGUCUUUCGUUCCAGGAGCCUCCGGAGCAGAGAGGGCGGAAUCCCCAUCUCCGUUGAGGAGGAAGUGGAAGAGGAUCCGGUGGCCUCUCCUGCUGCCUCAUGGUCGUUGACGAUGACGUCGGCUGCCUCCACGCCGGGGGCUGUUGAUGAAGCUCUUGCAGAACACUCUCGGUCUCGCACGCUGGCUCCACACGAAAAGCAGCAACAACCUGUCACCAUGGAAGACAUGCGCAAUCGCGUCAUGUCAGCGCCUCUCUCUCUAUGGGAGGUUCCACUACUAGAAGAGCUGGGACAGAACGGGCACUUGGACGGCCGUGAGGCAACGGGAAUAGGAAACAACGGUGUCGAGGGGAAAAUGCUUUUUGCAUCACUUGAAACACCGCAAGGAACCCCGCCACCACGAUCUCCGCUGGAAGCGGAGGCUCUCGUUAGUCGAAUGACGCUUCGUGACGACACAACUGCCACUGCCCUGCUCCCUUCUGCUGCAGCCAAAAAACAGAACACGGUGUGUGAAAGAGACGCCCAUCUGUUGGCACUCCACGUCCAUGAGAUGGGGUCGCUACUGCAGCGUGGCUCCAGGUGCAGUGAUGCUCCUAUUGAUGCAGUAGCAGCAGCUGCUCAAAAAUCAUGCGGCGUGAAAUUGCUGGCGGAGGAACAACCACCAUCCACUCCGAUGGAAGAAUCUACCGUGUUUGAUGACCUUUCUCGCAGGUUUUUGUUCUCGGUUGUGACCGGGGAGGAUCGGCGUGUGCGUACUGUGUACGAGGACGUUAUGAGUACGGUGUGCACAGGGAUAAUAGAGGAGGAAGUCAUCCACCAUAUUCAACGAAUGGAGGGUGCCGCUUUGCGGGCGCUGGAUUAUUGGGCCGUAGAGGUUAUCGUGACGGAGCUGACGGAGGUGAAGCAACGACUCCUCUCUGCACCGGCUCUGUCAAGUGGCAUACAGCGUCAUAUUAAGGGGCGUAAGGCGGCAGUGUUGACCGCACUAACGGAAGACGCGAAAGACAAGGAGGUAUAUGCGUCAGUAUUGCGUCGAGGCAGAGGGAAUAGUAGCCAGGCGCAGGAAACCGCCGUGUCCUUCAAAAAUGGGUUGACACUGAGUUACCAGCAGCUCGCAACAUUGGGACCGGGCCAGUGGCUAAAUGACCAGGUCAUCAACGCGUACUUGAGUAUGAUCGUCGAGGAGCGGAACCAGGCGGCGGGUAAGGAGGUGGUGGUUUCGCUGGGCACGCACUUCUUUGCGCGGGUGCAGCAGGAGCUCCCACACAGCUCCUGCACCGCGUCGGGUCUGCCUGCACUACACAAAGACAGCGGCAUCCUUCGUUGGUUAAAGCGUCGUCGUCAUAUUCUGCAACCAGGUGUCACACGUAUUGUGCUGAUUCCGGUCAAUUUAUCCCAAACCCACUGGGCACUGGCUGUCCUUAAUUGGGAGCUUCGUACAUGGUUUUAUUACGAUAGCUACAUUAAAAGCACGGCGGCCAUGACACGUGGUGCAGAGGUGCUUCAUCUGUUGGCACACGUGUUUUUGGAGUCGAAGCGUAUUCUUUGCGAGACAGAGGCGGGGGAUGCAUGCCCGCCAGCGGACUGGAGGCUUGUCGUGGCAGUACCACUUCGCGUGGGUGAAUGCUGCAGCGAUGGAGGCUUUGCUGUUGCUCCACAGCAAACGAACAUGUAUGACUGUGGCGUCUUUGUUUGUCAUACGGUGUGGUGUGCGGUGCAGGGCAUUGCCACAAUAUUUACACAGGACGCUGUGACGGCACAUCGAAAGGUCAUGCUGCACGAACUCCUCUGCCAACAGAGUCUUUUGCAGUUACCUGUAAUUGCGUUCUUGACGCCGUGA